GAGGGAGAGGGAGAGGGCGAGAGGUGGGAGGGAGUGAGGAGAGGAGAGGAGGGAGGGAGGAUUGAUCCGCGUCUGUUAAAAUCUUGUUCUGGUUUUUCUUGGAGUGAGGUCUGUGCCUGCCGACGCGCCUCUCCUGUGCAGCCCCCCUCAAGAAGAGCUUUUUAUGGAAGGAAACCUUGGAAUUUUUGAAAGAGAGAAGGAUCUGCAUAACACCAGUGAAGUGGAUAAAAAAACGCAUGGCUGGGUUCUUUUUGCGUUCUCUCUUGCGUUUUCUCUCCUCUGGUGUCUGAAUGAAACAGGGAGGCAAAUAUAAGGAGAAGAGGGACGGUGCAGGUUCUAGACUGGGAGUCGAUCUGUCAGAGUGAUUUUGAGUAAACACAUUUCCAGUGCGCCCGUUUUAACUUUUAUUUCUUCAGAAACUGGCGAGCUCGACUCUUCUUCAAUUGCACGGCAGAGUUCGUUUUUCUCGGAACGAGGAGACUUUCGUGUUUUUCCCCCUUCAGAGAAACUGCCUAAACUUUCUACGUUUAAAAAAAUAAAUAAAAAGAUCGGAUUGCAUUUUCCCCCUUCAAACAUUUUGGAGGUGAUGUCAUCGUGCUGUGUUUUGGCUGGUAUUGUGUCGAGAGGACGCAGGGAGGACGACUGCAGCCAGGCGGUAACCAGCGGCUGAGGCGAGCGGGGAAGUCCGGAAAAUCAGGUGCAAAGUGCGGCUGUUAUUUCCUCGCUGUGUCGCGGGUGGCUGAGUCCGCCACCCAGUCACAGCUGUUCCCAUCCUCUACAGCUACCCCUCCCUCACUCGUCUUUCUUUCCCCUUUAUUAUCCCCUCCCAUUCUCAUUCAGCACUCUCCAUAUACCCCUCUGAGCUGGACCGCUCCGGGACCUUAUCACCCUCUCCGUUGGACACUGUUGGUCGGUGUCACCUGAGCAACAGACCCGUUGAGCCAUCUUGGGGGCGCAGUCAUGACCGAGGCCGCCCUGCAUUACCCUGCGCCCGCAGAACCCCCGUCUCCAGCUUUGCUCCAUCAACCAGCCCAGGUAGCCCACCUUCAACAGCUCCUGACCCUGGUCUGCUGGGACUAAACCUGCCUCCUGCUCCUCUCUGUGCCGGAACAAACACUACACCACUUUCUUUUAUCAUCUCACCUUUUACAGAAUUUAUUUUGGAGACCAGAAGCUUGUUGAUGUGCUGAAACAUUACGCAUUGGAUUACGCAGAAGAUUACGCACGCACAGCAUCAGUUCACGGGGCCGAGCAUCACUUUGAAAGGGUCAGCAAGGUCGAUUGGAGUUGGAUAUCUGUGACGCGUGAGCGCGCUUUCACCUGUUCCUCGUCGGGGACGCGCAGCCUUUAAAUCCCAAACCUUCCCCCCUUUGCUCCCCCGCCCAUCCGUCUCCCCACCAGUCUGGACAGCUGUUAGAGGUUGCCCGGCGGUCACAGUGGCACAGUUACCCCAGCCUUACACCCUACAUUGCCCGUGCCCGCACAUUUAUCCACGCCGGGGGAACCGGGGCACACCGCCGCCGAUGCCAACGGGAGUGUCCGCUGACUCUUUGACUCUGCACAACAUCCAGCGGAUUCAAAACACAGAGGGCAACUCUCCGGACUGUCGGACUGGCUCAGACCGAGCGAGGAGACUGUCUCUGGGCCAAGUUCCAUAGUGGAGGGGGGAAGCAAUGUGGCCCCUUCUUUCCACGCUGACCGUCUUAUGUAUCCAGAUGUUGCUGGUGAUGUGCAAUCCAUUACAGGUACUUGGUGUGGAUGGGGUCAACUUCAGUGUGCAUGUGGAGAACCAGACACAGGUGCGAGACACCAUGAGUCGGCGACACCACCGGGUUUACCAGCUCUACAGCCGCACAAGCGGCAAACAUGUCCAGGUGCUGGGGCGCAGAAUCAGUGCUCGAGGAGAAGAUGGAGACAAAUAUGCCCAGCUCGUAGUGGAGGCCGACACCUUUGGUAGCCAGGUGAGAAUCCGGGGCAAAGAAACCAAUUUCUACCUGUGCAUGAACCGCCGCGGCAAGCUGGUAGGAAAGGUAAGGCUUCUUCCUUUUAGAGACGUGUUUAUGAAGAAUAUCUUCCUACAGUUUCCUGACCAGCCUCUCUUUGUUUCUCCCAAUGUGUGUGUGUGUGUGUGUGGGUGGGUGUGGGUACCUGUGGUUUCUCUGCUCUCUCAGAAGGCCAGUAAUCGAAGCGCAGACUGCGUCUUUGUGGAAAAGGUUCUGGAAAACCACUACACAGCUCUGAUGUCAGCACGCUACUCAGGCUGGUAUGUGGGCUUCACCAAAAGAGGUCGUCCUCGGCGUGGCCCUCACACACUCCCCAACCAGCAGGACGUACACUUCAUGAAGCGUUUCCCGCCUGGGGAACAGCCCGACCUCACCACACCCUUCCGCUUCACUACAGUCAGCAAGCGGAGCAAGAAGGUGCGCGCUACUGGGCCCCGCUAGUAGUGGCUAAUGCUAACACCCACUGUCUUGUCAUCCAAAGCCUUGACCUGAGCCUGCCAGUUGCUAACCCAGUCAUCUCUUCUGUCGCACACGACUGAACACCUCCCUUUGUUGAGACAAACAUUGACAAGAAACUUGAUGAAUCAUUCAUGGGGUUUAGCUUUACACCUACUAAUUUGCCACUACAGCCCCCUAGUUAGUGAUCAUUCCUCUCAGUUUUAGUUCCCUUACUGGACCAACAAGACCAAUACUGGUCCAUUACUGAAAGCUCUAUGGACCUGGACUGCUUCCUUUCAUAGGCCAAAAACACUGACAAGAAACCUGAAGGGCAGCCAGAGUCCCAGGCUCUACUAAGGCCUCUAUUCCACAACCACAAAAACCACAAGGCCUUCAAGUCUCCUGUUCUGGACCAGCUGGACAAUGUCAAGUAUGGGAUUACAACUGGACCAUACAGAGAGAAAACAAGGGUGGGAAAGACUGAACAAGAGAGUGGGUGCUUAGCCUAUGGAUAAAGGGAAAACAGGAAGGAGAAAACAGGAAAAUGGUGGAGUAGACAAAGGGGUAGAGUGAUCUACACAGAUCAAAUGGACCAAUAAUGGAUUGUUGACAUGUGACGCACUUAUUUGUCUCACUACUAAAUUGGUGAGAACCUGUGAGGCUGGUGGAUGAAUGGAAGGAUGGAUGAGGGAAUCACGGAGCGAGUGAUUUACUGAAUAAAUGCAUGUUUGUAAGAAGAAGAUGAGGGAAUGUACGUAAGUGUGUGUGUGUGUGUUUGUGUGAGUGAAUGAGUGCACCAACAACCAUGAGUGAAGCUGGAUCACAAGGGACUCUAGAAAGGGACCAUCAAGUCCCUGCAUGAACCCGUGACAACUCAUCGCAGGGACUGAAGCUUUAGAAACUAGAAUGUAUAAAAACCAAGCUGCACCAAAAACAGCCAGCCAAUCAUCACAAACCAAACCAACAACCGACCAAAGACAACUGGAGACCUUCUUCAUGACUCCUCCCAAUGCCCUGCCCCCCGAGGACACUACACCUUCAGCUUAUAGGUGCAGAAGGUGAUGAGCGCAGGGUUGAGCAGGGCAGGGAGGGUGCCUUGUCGAUUAGCAUUGCUAUAGAAACGACCCAGGGGAUGAUGCUCCCAUGCGAUACCGUGGAUACAGAAUGCUGCUACCAGGACAUUCAGUGGAACAAACCAAAGUCUCAUGCAUACACACAGGAGAAAAAAUAUUAAAGGGAACAAUUUAUUGAAAGUUAUAUAUAUUAUAUAUAUAAAAGAAGACAGAAACCCUAAAUAAGCAAUCUUACUAUGAUGGUUACUAUAAUUAUUACGAUAAAAUUAUUUCAUUUAUUUAUUUCAGCUCUGUGUGCAGCAGUCUUUCUCGACUCAGUAAACCUUACAGAAACAUUUCUUGUGUCUCUCAGCCUCUUUUAACUGGUUCUUCACUUUCGUUCAUUCAUUUUCUGUAAAGGCAUACAUUGUAUAAAGAGAUUCAAGUUAACGGAGGCUCCAGAUGUGGGCGGCUGGCUUUAGUGAUCAAGUGGUUGAUCAUUAAUAAUGGUUAAUGUGUCAUGCAUCAAGCAAAAAAGACCAACAUUUGCUUGUUCCAGCUACAGUAAUAUGAGUGUUUUAUGGUUUUCUCUGUUUUCAUAUCAUCCCAAACUGAAAAUAAUUGGGUUUUGGACAGCUAGUUUAACAAAAUAAGCAAUCUGAAGACAUUUCCCUCGGCUCUGAGAAAUUGUUUUACAUAAAAGGGUUUGAUGACAUGAUAAUAUAUACACAAAUUUGUCAACCACCAGAGAUUGUGCCCUACCAUUUCUACCAAAAUAUCUAUCCCUUUAGUAUCUCUGGUUGUUUUAGACAAUAUUGCAAUCAGUCAGUGUGCAGGAUUAAUUUACUUGUAGUGUUUGCAAGAUUGCUGCAUCAGUGUGAUAUUUAAUUCACUUAAAAAUUCAAAAUACUGAAAUCUUUGCCUAUCAAGAUAUAUACCAUGGUAGACUAUAUUCAUAUUUUAUAGAUGAAAAGAUGAUUGAUUGACUGCAAAAGUAAUACAUUCAUUGCUAAUUAGACCUGCUUAGUUGAAGCCCUAGCUGGCAUCAAAAUGAUGAAACUACAUCAUAGAUUUGAAAAAAGUUAUCUGACAAAGUAUCAAGGAUCAAUAUCAGACUGUCAUGCAAUGGUAAGAACUUCAAUCUCUUACUCACGCCAGGUAGAAGAGCUACUGCAUUUUGCAUUUCCCACAACAAUUCAUCAUACAAAGUUGGAAAAGCUCUCCAACCCCUGCAAGGCUUUAAAAUCUAACCAGCAGAUUUCUAAUCGAGCCGAGUGCUUAUAAGGCUGCAGAAUCGAUUCUGUAGUUUUCAUAGUUCUUGUCUUGUAUGGGUAAGUCAUUGAAACCUAUAUUUCCAACAUUAAAUGUUAAACAAACAAACAAAAAAAACAUAUUUAAGUUGGACCAGCCUUACUCAGGAACCCUGUAAGCUGCUGUUCUCCAAGUGUUGUGCAGAAAUUGACAGCCACCUCCACAUUAUAAACCUUUGCCAUGAAUUCACAGCAUGAAGGAUCAGACAAAACAGUGAAAAGGAAACAUGCAGUAGUGAGAUAGAGUUUCAUAGCUGCUUCUCCUCUCAUCUAUCCUGCUCUUAUCCCCCCAUCCCUCCCCUUCCUUCCCUAUCCUAGCAGGAGGUCACUGAAGAGAUGUCGCUGCCAAAUGACCCAAUCAUGCCGGCAGACACAAACAGCUGACUCAGGGGGAAAAAGGGUUGUACCAGAGGAUUCCUAUUGCAAGGCAGAAUCAGUGCUGGAGGGGGGUGGUAUAAGGAGGAGACAGUGGGGUGGAAGGGAAACAGGGUGUGGGGCUGGGAUAAAGAAGAGCGAGUAGGGGGUGGUGGGGUGAGUUGUUCAUUUCUGGAACGUUGCUCCAGUUCCACUCGGGAAUGAUGGAAAUAUUCCGCGUAGCCAAACCCAGAGUGGAAGGUGUAUGGUAAUCAUGUCGGGGAAGGAAUGCCAAAUAUGUGCGUGAGAACGGAGCUGUGACCUGAGAGCUGCAGGAAUUAUGGGCCAAAAUCCCACAGACCCAGAGGAAGCAUACACACCCAUAUCCAACACAUACACACAUCAUAUACUAAUGGUGCUCCACCAAGCACAAAUCCAUCCCACAUAACUUAUUCCCAGAAUUUGAAACAUUCUACUACACUAAACUAAACCUAGAAAUUUUGAAAACCAACCCCGUCAGAGAGCCAACUCCCCUCCUUCUCCAAGUCAGGAGAAUACACACUGUACAAUAACCAGACAGAGGUAUUACAGAGCUCAAAUACACUACCCAGACCUUUGCUAUAAAGGCACCACUUUAGGCAUCUCAGACAUACAUUCCUCCUUCACAGUUACAGUGUUUACACGACUGACUAUGUGAUCUACUGUAACAGGUUAUUUAGACUCCAAACUUUGCUACCAAACAGUCAGAGCCCAACUCUCAUAAACACGUUACACUGCAGGAGAUAGCCGAGUUUAUACUCCCACCUGGUGGCCAUCAUGAACACACAUCACACAAUACAGUUUAACCAUCAGUUGUUUCAUGUUACAAAUUAAAACAAUUUGAUUUAAAUAUGACUUAAUGGAUGUAAACUGACCGUAAGCUAUUUUACUUUUUAAAAGGUCAUAAAACACUGAGAUUCUGCAUAUUUUUAAGUACUUUACCUGCUUUGUUGCUGUCUCAUAUGGUCGGAAUGAAUUUUAAAUGAUUAAAGUGGCUCAAGUGAUUGACAAGAUGCAAGAUUCUUUGUGAAAAACAACAAAAGUCCAUGGUCGUCUCUUUAGGAUAUUCAGAAUAUGAUGGAACAAAAAAAAAAAGCUGUUUUGACACUACAGGAUACAAUAGGCUUUACAUCUCACUCACAGAAGAGCAUAAACUCAGAUUAUAAACUCUGAUGUCACACAUUCCAUCAGUUCUUUAUAAUUAUUUUCUCACAGUCCAAUAAGAUCAGUGAGUCUGUUUAUAUGUACACUGGUAUCUUAGUUGCAAGUAUCCAGGUUAUGUAUUGCUAUUGUGAACAUAAUAGCCUGGUUUCUAGAUACAUGUCACAUGGAGUAAGUAGAAACCAGCAUAGUUUGUAGGUACAAAACACAGUGGCUGAGAUGGAAAAACAAAACACAGAUUGUCAGAAGCCUGGAUACUGUUAGAAUCACGUGUACAGGGGUAUGAAUAACCAGGUUUCUCAUCUCAUUUCUCAAGCUUUCAAUCAGGAGUUUGCUCAGUUGGGUUGCUGAGAAACACCACCCAGGAAGACCAUAACAUGCUGUGGUCUCCAGUAAAAGCUGGUAACUAAAUUAUGGUUUAAAAAAAAAAAAUCCUAAAUGUGUUAAAUUGCAAAUAAACUGGUUCUGUUGUUUGUCUGCAGUACAAAAAGGGAACAGACUGAAAGUACAGAGUGUUGAUCUACAUGUCAGACAGAAAGGCAGCAUAGCACAAAUCCACCCACACACACACACGCACGCAUACACACACAAAAACAGACAGACAAUUAGACACUCAUUCAUGUUACAGUUGGCUCAACACUCCACCACUGUCAAGUACUUUAUUCACAAUAAGGUCAUUUUUCUUCUUUAAAAAAUCAUUUUUAAUAUACAACACAAUUUGACAAGACAACUCCGUUUACAGCUAAAUUUGAGCUCUUGAGUUCCAGCUUCUCUCAUAACCAAAGCAAGCACGUAGAUGAUGGGGGAGAGAAAGAUGGAGUGAAAGGGACAGAUGAACAAGGGUCGAAGUUAGAAGAAAGAAUGAGGAAAAAGACAGUAAGAGAGGGAGGGGGAGAGAAAGAGGACUACGCUUAGUAUGAUUUUUGUACUAAGAACCAAAAUACUCAAAUAAAAUGAGAAAAUAACAGUAAUAAAAAACAGUAAGAAAGUAAGAGUUAAAGAGAAAAAAAAAAA